AUGGCAGCGGCGGCGGCUGCGGUUGACAGGUCCGCCAUGGGCCUGGACCUGGAGCUCCGUCUCCUCCAUGGGGUCGGCUUCCAGAUCCGCGCCCCCAUGGUUUGGACCUGGUGCUCCAUCUCCAUGGCGUCGUCUGCUUCCGCUCGGCCGUCUGCGUCCUUCUACUGCUCGUCGAGCGCGAGCGCCGACGCGGCGGGACGGGGCUUGCUCGGCCCGUUCGGGCUACUCGUGCUAGUCGACGACGGCCUGUCGGAGCAGACCGCUGUCUACUUCUACCUGGUCAAGGGUGCGGAUGGGAAGCUCAGCACUCACUUCUGCCAAGACGCCUUCAGGUCAUUGAAGGCGAACAUUCUCGUCAAGGCCGUUUACGGCAGCUUCGUCCCUGUACUUGAUGGAGCAAAUCUGCCAAGCAGAACAGGAAGAAUGUCAUGCCGGCCCGCAUCAUCAAGCACACCAUGGAGAUCAUACACCUCCUCACCGAUGCCAACCCCAUAUUCCCUUCUCUCCUUCCUUGAGAUAGCUUGUAUUAUAUGAUGUCAGUUUAAUGGAUGAGAGUAGCAGUAGGAUCGUAUUUUUCUUCAGCUGCUGUCAAUUGUCACUAUUUGCUGUUCCUUCAGAUAGCUAGUAUUAACUGGUUGCUUGCUUC